AUGACAGCGCCCAGCUCCAAAGAUGCGUCGCCAGAGCCGCAGACGCCCGGGAAGGAGCCGACGACAGUAAAGCAAGAUGCGGACCCGUCGACGCCCACGAACAAGCCUGCGGUGGGCAAAACAACCCCCAAGUCCGCUCCUGCUGCCACCCGGGCACGCGCAAACUCCAAAAAGGCGGUCGAACCACCGACUCUAUUGCAAGACUUCCUUCGAGGCCGACCCUCGCCCGCACGAUUAGCGGCGGAAAGGCAGCGCAGGCAGAGCGUUGAAGCGGUCAAGGCAGAGCUCCGACACGAGAUGAAGCAGGGGGCUGUCAAGAAGCUCCAACCUCCUGGAGGUGUCAGAGAUCGGGUGAAGGCAUGGCAGAAAGUCAAUGCGAAGGCCUUUGAGGACGCAGAUCUUGACGAGGCCGCCACCGAACCGACAGACAUCGCCUUUUCCGGCGAGGAUUUCCAGAGUGUCACCGAGGAGGACCGUAUACGGAUCAAGAUGCGGCAAACGGUGAAGAACAAUGGCUUGAAAACGAAGCCUGUGCUAGGGCCCAACCCCAACAAGUCAGAUAAGCGUAGCGAUGACAGCGAAGACGGUCGCGAAAGGUCUCAGUCACCACCAAAGAAGAGGGUCGUUAGUGACGACCACUGGGUGACGCCAAAGACCCGAAAUAGCCCCCCGAGACGAACCUCUCCAGGGAGGGUAACAGCAAGAAAAGUAUCACCGAUCCGAGUGGCCCCGAUCCGAGUGUCUGCAAGAAAAUCAUCCGCGAAAGCCGGGAGCAGUUCGCCGUCUGGAGGGUCACCCCUUCCGAAGAACUUCACUCUGAACACGCCCAACCCGAAUGUAAAUAAGAAGAUCAAGGCCUGGGCGGAGAAUGUUGAGGUUCCUGACACACGACCGCCCCGCAGCUACAGAUCCUCAAGGUCGAGGGAGGGGAGCCUGAGACCGGAGGGCGCGGGAAGCGAUAGGACAUCUGAUAGGGGGGACACAUCGAGUCAGGGUACACGCAGGCAGUCACUACGACGCAAAACACCUGGCUCUGUAGACUCGGGCAGCAUACGAGUCAGACCCAUCAGAAGGAAGAAACCGGUUGAUGACGCCAAAUCUCCAUCACCAGACACGGCGAAGAGGGAUGAUGAUGGGAUUCGAGUAACGCCCAUGGACUCCCCAAAGAGCACGCCUGCAACCAAGAAUGAUGACGACGGGAUACGAGUUACGCCAAUGGACUCCCCAAUGAGCACACCUGCAUCGAAAUAUGAUGACGAUGGGAUCCGGGUUAGACCCGUGGACUCUCCCAGGAAUACGCCUGUAUCCAAGAAUGGCGACGAUGGGAUCCGGGUCAGACCGAUGGCCUCCCCCAGAAACACGCCUGCCUCGAAGUCGAGAUCAGUAUCGCCGUCUGCCCUCAGCUCAGCCUUAUCUGCAUCAACUAGAACAACCCGAGACCGAAGCAAAACUCGACCGAUGUCACGCUAUGCAGAAUCAGAGGAAGAUAUUGUGGUCACUGUGGAAUCUACUGAGCUGUCUGGAAGCUCACGCUCGACUGAAGUCCCACGGUCACGCCCAGUGAAGAAAGCACAUGAUGAUGGAAUCGACGUAAUUGAAGUCCAUGAAGAUUCAGAUUCUGCCACAGACACGCCUGCCAAACGUAAAAGCUCAAGGUCGCAACCCAAUACGAAGGGGCGUCAAAGGGGGCAUUACCGUGGAAUAUCGAGAACAAGGGAUGAUAAAUCAUGGAUUGAAGAGAAUCUGACAAGCGUCGAUGGUAGUUCAAAGCUCGAAUCCGAACUGUCAUCGAGUAUUGCCAACAAGUCAAUCGCUGACAUUCCAGGGGAGAUACCCUUCGGUCACUCAGCUUUCAGCGAGCUGGAUUUAUCAGCGGAUGGUACGGGGUUGCGGACUCGGCCCAAGCGACCCAAGGCGGAGCGGAAUACCAGCCUCAAAGGCAUGCCCGGAGUAUUCAAGAAGGUCAUGGAAGAGGGCAAGAAGAUCAUCCAUGAUAUCAACCACGAAACGCCACAGAGGAAUGCUGCAGCAAACAAACCACCAAGCAUUGAGAAGUGGCUGAACAAUACAGUGGAUCCUUUUGUAGACAGCCCAAAAAAGGAUUCCAGCCCUAAGGAAAAGCUCGAACAAGAGACUGAGAAACCGGAUGAUGCCGAAAAGACUACCAAGACUGUUGCUGAAACUCAUACGAAAGCUCCUGCUGAAACUCCGACCAAAGCUGCGACUGAAAAGUCCACAAAGCCUGCUGCCGAGAAGCCCACAAAGACCGAGAAAGAACCCAGUCCUGAACCACCUAAACAGGUUUCUCGUGAACCGGUUUCGGCCAAGGAAACCCAUAAGACGCCGAGAAAAACAUCACACGAGACAAAAUCAUCAUCAAGUUCCUAUUCUAAAUCCAAAUCCGACCUUACAGAUGGGAGGUCGACCCCCACAAAAUCAAAGAGCACAUCCCCUACCUCAGAUAAAACCCCUACUAAAUCUGAGGAACAUGAUUCCGGGGGGCUCAAGAGAAGACGAGCUGUUAGAACCUCUGCUCAGCCUUCCAAGUCAAGCCCUCGCCGGCCUUUCUUUGGCCUACUUAAAGAAGCCUUCCAAGGGGAAUCCAAAGAGUUGCCCAGACCGCCGACCACCUAUCAAAGCAAAGAAGAACGGAGAUAUGACUAUUAUGAUGACGACUAUGAUGAUGAGACCGAAUAUCGUACUGUCUCAGGUUAUGACGAUUCAAGACUCAGUUCUGGAUACGAUGAGAGAUACGACGAGAGAUACGAAGAGACGGUAUCAGGCUCUGAAAUUAGCUCCUCCUAUCUGACUGAGGUGACUGCUCCCAAGAUGGCGGGACCACGAUUACGACCACCCACAAACGGCAACCAUGAACUCUCGACUAUCCUGUCCGAGGAAAACUGCAGUACAAUCGAAUCUGAUCUAUCAUCAGGCAUCUCUCGGACAACAGUGACCCAAUCUACCGCCUUGACCAAGGAGAGCGGGCUCUCAAAGUCGAGAAGCCAAAGCUCCAGCCUCAAGAGGCGACUUACGAGGCACUCUGAUUUAGUAUCAGUUCUCUCGCUGCCCAACGAUAAAAAUAUUCCCGAAACCCUAACAUUCUCCCGGUCUCGGCCUAGCUUGCGAAAGACACGGAGUUCAGCCACAGAUGUGUCCACUGCGGACUUGCUACGCGAAUUCUCUGAUGAUGAGGUCCUCUACAUGAGAGAAUUGAAGACACUUGUCGAUGGUGUGAUCCCAGUGCUCCUGACGCACGUCGUUCAAGACUCCAACCCAAAAGCGUUUUUUGACAAAAAUUCUCCUACAAAUUAUCGAAGUAAUAGCCUGUCCAAAUCUGUUGUGGGCAUGGGCGUUGCUCUCGAAAAGAUCAGAAGCGCCCAUCGAAAGGCACCUCACACAGAUCUCAAACGUGUGGCUCACUGGGCACAUGGGAUUGUGCCCAUCUAUAACAGCUACUUGAAUGCAUGGCGACUAGGAUUUCAUGACUUGGUCGUCAACCUUGCCCCGGCUGAGGGUGUGCCGGAAGAUGAGGAUUCUCUCCUCAACGCCAUGCCGAGAGAUGAAAAUGGCGAUGUUGUUAAUGCCGAGGGUGAGAGAGUAGACGUUGGCCAUCUCUUGAAGCGCCCGCUGAUCCGCAUCAAGACUCUGGUGAAGCUGGUCAGCUGCUUGGAUUCGAUGAUGCCAUCGGAAGACACUCGUGAGCUGUUGAAUAACUUUGAGCGGUUGCAAGAAAAGUCUCGUCGUCGGCACAGAGAAGAAACCGCCCGGAUGACUGAUGAAGAUGCUAUCAACACUGAUACAACGAGAUGCCGUGAUUUAAGGACUCUGUGGGCAAUCGAUGACACCAUUAUUGAUGCCAAUCGUCAAGUCAGCGCAAAGGACAUAUUUUCGUUGGAUAUUGCUCACUCCAAUGGGCAACGGCUAGAAUGCCAGGUCGAACUCGUUCAUAGAGACAACCAAAAACAGACUGGUGACCGAGGUGAUCUGCUCAUCCGGGAAACCGGCGACGGGGGACGCACCUAUUUGCUUUUCCCACCCCUUGCAAUGUCGCUCAUAUCUGCUCGGACAGGCGACGGUAACUUUGACAUGGUGAUCAUGGUCAGGGGUAUUCAUCACGAGAGGGAGUGGUUUGAACUUAUUACACUUACUUCUGACAGUGAGGAUCAGAUAUUGGAUUGGCUGGACAUUCUACCUGUCAGCCCCGUUCCGCCUAGACAACCCGAGCCGAGUAUCAUUGACGACGACGAUGAACCACGGCAAAGAGUGGACAUUCCUGUGGGGGCAAGGAGCAUUCGAAGAAAGCGCAAUGUCUCACCAAAACUCAGCCCUCCUCGUGAGGAGCGGAUGGCCGCCCCCAGACGUGAGCCCUCCUGGACUUAUGAUGACGAGAUUGUGACCCCGACUCGCGGAUCCCCGUCUCCAGAAAAUGACUUUUACCCGUCACGAGAGAAAACGCCCACCCAGGAAGAUUAUCUUGCCCAGGAAGAAGAACCUGAUAGGAGUCAUCCGCUCACCGAGAGCAUGCGGCCUGAUCCCCUUCAGCUGCGAAGCAGUCCACCAAAGGCGAAUCUCAGAGAAGAUGGUGCGCCUCCUCCGCCUAUUCAUCGCACUUUCAGUACAAGUACUUCGCCUGAGCCAAAUGCUCCCACUUCAUCGGCAUCGCCAACCACACCUCCAGUCGACCUCGAGGCUGAUGCCAAACUGAAGCGCCGUAACUCAUCGCCACUUAAGCAUGAGUAUCUGCCCUCAGAGGGAUCAGAGGGAUCCGAGGGCUCAUCAGGCUCAGAUGAGUCCUACACAGAAGAAUCCGACUACGAAUCUUCCGAUGAUGAGAUUGAAAGCAUUGAUAUUCCCGAAACCGAGAUUGGUGUCAGUAUCAAGCAGGGACCGAGACAUCAAGAUCAGCGGAGUUACCGAGAAGAAUCGCCGGAAAUCGACGCACCCAAUACGUCUUAUGUAGCGGAGUCGAUUGUAAACGAGUCAGAAUGCAGCCUCACACCAUCCAAUUCUGCUUCACAGGCUGGUCUUCACGAUCGACCUCGAGAGGAGAAGGUAGAAGAAGAGAAGACCUCGCAGCAAUUUACAGCUCACAUCUCCCGAUGGUCCGAUCGAGGCACGUGGAAGAACAUUUCGGAAUCUGAAUGCUCUGUUGUGGUCGGGCCUGGCCUUAUCGAGGCUUUCGUUUCGAACGUUCCUAGUACCGCCAAUGACCCGCCACUUCUGGCAAUGGACCUUACUCCCGUGGUCCUGAUUCGCCACAGCACUGCACUCGACGUUGAAGUUCGAUCAUCCCUCCAGUCUCACUGCCAGAUCUCCAAAUCACUAGGAGGAGGUGUGUUCCGCUUCCGAUGCUCUAAUGCAGCGGAUAGCCUCGGUCUGUGGAGAGCGGUUCACCACGCUCGCCUUAAUAACCAGAAAUUCAUCCAACUGGAGAACGAGGCAAGAUUCAAGAGCUUUGGUGAGCGCCAGGGACCUGUCGACGUUGACGGCAACUCGAGCACCCGUAAAAAGUCUUGGUUCGGAAGGAAGAACAGCUACCGUAGCUCUGUGCGAGCACCUGCUCAGUCACUGGAUGGUGCCAGUACCAAUGCAUCAUCUAGUCUCUCCGCAACAAGCUUCCUGAAGAGACUCACAACUGGCAACAUGGCAUUUAACCUUGCCCGCUCUUCGGUGGACAAACAAAGCCGUCCUGGUAGCGCCCGAAACAGUUUCUAUGCCUCUGGGGAAUCAUCUGCCAGCGGAACCCCCCCUCGCUCGCCCUCUAUCAGCGUGGAGAAUAGUGCCCGCAAUGCCUCCAACUUGGACAGUGAGAACAUCCGGAUCAGACUUCAUCUUCUCGUGUCUGCCACCAAGUGGGAAGAUUAUGGCAACUGCAUUCUACAAAUACGACGACCACCUCCUGGCUGGCACCAGGCCCUGCGGGCAAACCACGGAAUGGAGAAGCGGGUGACAGUGACCACCAUUCCAAAGAAGGACAGCGAGAAACCUAAGAUAUUACUCGAUGCUGUUCUGGGCAGUGCAUGCUUCUCACCAAUGGGCAGUAGGGGCAUCGUGUGUGGUAUUUGGGAAGAAGUCAAGAACGGCGAUGGCGUGGUGGGCAUUGCACCCGCAACAGGCCCAACGGGUGGAAACAUCAAGAAGUGGUGCUUCCAAUGCGCAACCGUGUCGGAGGCCAGCGGCGUGCUUCGCCUUGUCCAUCAGGAAGUCCUUCGAGCAUGA